AUGACUAAAACGGAUCUCUUUGAGACCCAGAAAGUCGACACCAUCGAGUCCUCCACAACCUCGAACCACGUCGACGUCGAGAACACCAACGAGGACGACAUCUCAGUCAAGCGCUAUGACCCCAAUGCUGACAAGAAGCGUCUCUUUUACAUCUUCUACGUCCGCAAGCACAUCAACCACCUCAACUUCAUUUUCUACCUCGCCGCCUGUAUGGGCUCGAUCACCCUUGUCGCCUACCUCUCCAUCGUUCAGCCCUUUAUCUUCCAUACCAUCCUCAAAAUCACUGAAAACCAAGGAAACCUUACCGGUGAACUCGCCCUUUAUGACGAAAUCAUUGCCCUCCCUGCGACGCUCUUCUGGGGAGUCCUUUCAGAUCGUAUUGGUCGCCGCCCUGUCUACAGUGCCGGAUUCCUCUUACUCGGCGCUGCUUUGAUGAUCUACCCCCGUGUCGACAAUGUCUACCCCCAAAUGCUUCUUUGCAGACUGCUCUUCUCACUCGGUUCGUCGGCUGCGACCUGCAUGAUGACUGGCACGUUGGGUGAUGUCGCCGGCGCGAUCCACGAACGUGGCCGUGUCUCUGCCAUUGUUGGUCUCUGCGCCGGAUGCGGUGGUCUCAUUGCUGGUAUGGUUCUCAUCAAUAUCCCUUACCAUCUCCAGCAAAGGUAUGGCGGUGAGGUUCAAGGUAUCAAGGCUGCGUUCCUGAUUGUUGGAGGCGGUGCGAUUGCGCUGAGCAUCUUGUUGUUCCUCACCAUGCCCGCCACCGGUAAAGGUCAGGCCGAUGGUGUCGCUGGUUGGUUCAAGAAGACGGUCUUGAAGAAGGAGAUCGAGGACGAGGAUGAGAAGGAGAUCAUCUCUCCCUGGAAGUUGCUCAAGUAUGGAUUCAAGGCUGGUCGCGAUCCCCGUGUUGCUCUCGCUUACCUUUCCAGUUUCGUGGCCAGAGCGGACACAGUCCUCUUCUCGUCCUUCAUGAGUCUGUGGGUCAUCCAGUACUACGUCAAACUCGGCUGGUGUGAUGCUGACAAGGGCAUCACCUGCUACCCCGCCGCCGGAGGCACCCACAAGCUGACUGGCUACGGCCAAGGCAUCUCUCUUGCCUUUGCCCCCUUUUUCGGUUACGCCGCCGAGAAACUCGAAAAGUCGACCGUGCUUGCCUUUGCAGGUUUCAUGGGCGCCAUUGGUUCCUUGCCCUUUGCCUUCACCAAGACUAACCCCGCCCACGACUCCAAUAUGAUUUUUGUCACCAUGACCGGUAUUGGCCAGAUGGGCGUCAUCAUUGUUGGUAUGACUCUCGUCAACGGUUUGAACGUCGACCCCAAGUACCGUGGUUCUGUUGCAGGUGUCUUCUCCUUCUGUGGUGCGCUGUCGAUCAUGUUCACCGCCCGUUUGGGAGGUUACCUGUUUGAUGCCUGGAUGCACGGCGCUCCCUUUGUCAUCAUUGGUGCUGUCCACAUCAUAAUCUGUCUCUUCAGUAUUUACGUCCGCAUCGUCACCCCCCGUCUCAAGCGCGAGGAUAUCAUCCGUGAGGAGAAGCGACUCAAGCAACUUGAGCAGAAGCGCCUCGAGCGUGUUGCUGAGCGCGCUGCAGAGCGCAAGCAUACCGAAGCCACCUCCACUGCCGUUGACCCCAGCUACAGCCAGCCCUUGUAA